AUGGUGAUUGCUCAGGUUUAUGCGAUUAUUCGAUUACCCAUUUUGGAGAUUUUGAUAGUUUCUGUGUGGCAACAAAAUUUAAUGAUAUUCAAUAGUAAGCUCACUAGCAUAUUGCAAAUGUUUUCUGGCGAUUGUCAUUGUGUUGGAAUCCAUCUCUCUUUGGGAGACACUGCUUUGCUCCAUUUUAUAUAUUGGGAUUCACUGCCUGACAUGGAAGAUCUUACUGGUUUGGACUCACAGUGGGCCUCUACUUUGAUGUCUCAGCAUAUGCUUGCAGCUGCUGAUCGCUAUGGUUUAGAUAGGCUCAGAUUGCUCUGUGAGGCUAAUCUCUGUGUGGAUGUUGCCAUCAACACUGUUGCAACGACAUUAGCCCUUGCUGAGCAGCACCACUGUUUGCAGCUGAAAUCAAUAUGCCUUGAAUUUAUUGCAAUGCCUGAAAAUCUGAGAGCUGUGAUGCAGACAGAUGGUUUUGAGUACUUGAAAGAAAGUUGCCCUUCUGUUUUGACUGAACUCUUGGAGUAUGUGGCUAGGAUCAACGAGCACUCGGUCAUUGUCACCAAGUAUGGGAACGAAAUAUUUCUGGAUGGAACUGAUGUUAAUGGUAGGAGGGCUUUGCUCCAUUUUAUAUAUUGGGAUUCACUGCCUGACAUGGAAGAUCUUACUGGUUUGGACUCACAGUGGGCCUCUACUUUGAUGUCUCAGCAUAUGCUUGCAGCUGCUGAUCGCUAUGGUUUAGAUAGGCUCAGAUUGCUCUGUGAGGCUAAUCUCUGUGUGGAUGUUGCCAUCAACACUGUUGCAACGACAUUAGCCCUUGCUGAGCAGCACCACUGUUUGCAGCUGAAAUCAAUAUGCCUUGAAUUUAUUGCAAUGCCUGAAAAUCUGAGAGCUGCUGAUCGCUAUGGUUUAGAUAGGCUCAGAUUGCUCUGUGAGGCUAAUCUCUGUGUGGAUGUUGCCAUCAACACUGUUGCAACGACAUUAGCCCUUGCUGAGCAGCACCACUGUUUGCAGCUGAAAUCAAUAUGCCUUGAAUUUAUUGCAAUGCCUGAAAAUCUGAGAGCUGUGAUGCAGACAGAUGGUUUUGAGUACUUGAAAGAAAGUUGCCCUUCUGUUUUGACUGAACUCUUGGAGUAUGUGGCUAGGAUCAACGAGCACUCGGUCAUUGUCACCAAGUAUGGGAACGAAAUAUUUCUGGAUGGAACUGAUGUUAAUGGUAGGAGGUUGUUCUUCUCAUAUUUCAAGGACUUGGUCGGCAGAGAAGUAACCGUGGAACUGAAGAACGAUUUGGCCAUUCGGGGCACCUUGCAUUCCGUUGAUCAGUACCUCAACAUCAAGCUCGAGAACACUAGGGUUGUCGAUCAGGAUAAUUACCCUCAUAUGGUAUUUCUGAAUGUUUCUCUCAAGUUUCUUUAG